ACAGCAACGUCCCUUCUUCCCUCCCUUUCCUUCUCUCUAUUCCACACUCUACCCUCCCCUUCUUCUUCAUCUUCCAUUGUCUUGUCAUAUAUCUUCUCACUCUCUCUCUCUCUCAAAAAAUUUUUUUUUUAAAAAAAAACACCCCCUCAAUAUUUUAUCUUCAUUUCCUAGUCCCACAAUAAAAAAAACAUCACAAACUACUUCACCCAAACCAAACCAACAACAACACAAAAACACACUUUCUCUCUUUUGCAACUUCAUAUCUCUCAAACAUCCUUCAACACUAUAAUAGCUACCUAGUACCCUGUUCUCUAACACACAAACAUACACACUUGUUUUGUUUCUUUUGUUAAGUUUUAUGGCUUACCAAAACCAACAUCUUUCACAAGAGUUACCAAUCCAACAUUUCACAGACCAAACCAACAACAAUAAUAACAACUCAUUCCGUUCCAUAUUACCAGACUCACCCGACCCUAACUCCAAACCUGAUUCCGACCCUAAUAACCAACUCCAAACCACACCUAACUGGCUCAACAACGCAAUACUUCGUACCCACUACACCGACAACAACAACAACAACAACAAUAACGACGAUGUUACCAACAACGUUAACAACGACAGUGACGGUAACGGAGCUUCUAAUUUUCUAAACCUUCAACAAACUUCCGACACAGUGCAAACCACCGGUCAAUGGCUUGCACGGUCGAUUCUCCACCGUCAACAUGGUGAAGUAAUCGAUAACGUCACCAUGGCCAGCGAAGUAGAACACGAAUUAGCUAAUAUGAAAAACGACGGUGAUAGUGACGGACUUGGAGGAAAGAGUGAGGUGGCGGUUGUUGGAGAUGGAGGACUGGUGAACUGGCAGAUGGGGAGGUGGAAGGCGGAGAUUAUGGCACAUCCGUUGUAUGAACAGUUGUUGUCGGCACAUGUGGCGUGUUUGAGGAUAGCAACGCCGGUGGAUCAGUUACCGAGGAUUGAUGCACAGUUAGCACAGUCUCAGAAUGUGGUGGCCAAAUACUCUGCUUUUGGACAGAACAUCGGUGCUGGAGUAGAUGACAAAGAACUUGACCAUUUCAUGUCACACUAUGUUUUAUUGCUGUGUUCCUUCAAAGAACAAUUGCAACAACAUGUUCGUGUCCAUGCAAUGGAAGCUGUAAUGGCUUGUUGGGAGAUAGAGCAAUCCUUACAAAGCCUAACAGGAGUUUCACCCGGAGAAGGUACAGGGGCAACAAUGUCUGACGAUGAAGAUGAACAAGUAGACAGUGACGCAAAUCUAUUUGAUGGUAGUUUUGAUGGCGGUGCAGAUAACAUGGGAUUUGGCCCUCUUAUACCAACGGAGAAUGAAAGGUCCCUAAUGGAGCGCGUAAGACAAGAGCUUAAGCAUGAAUUGAAACAUGGUUACAAGGAGAAAAUUGUGGACAUAAGAGAGGAAAUUUUACGCAAGAGACGAGCUGGGAAACUUCCUGGUGACACAACUUCUGUCCUUAAGGCUUGGUGGCAAUCACAUUCAAAGUGGCCAUAUCCAACAGAGGAAGAUAAAGCAAGGUUGGUGCAGGAAACUGGUUUGCAACUAAAGCAAAUUAAUAACUGGUUUAUCAAUCAAAGGAAGAGGAAUUGGCACAGCAAUCCUUCAACUUCUACUGUCUUGAAGAGCAAACGCAAAAGGUCUCAAAACUAGUAUUUUUAUAUUUAGGGAUAAUUGCACCAAACUCCCCUAAGAUUAGUGGUUAUUACACUAACGCCCUUCUUGUUAAGGAAAUCACAUUUACCUCUCUUGCUUUGUUAUUUUUAGGGAGACUUAGUGAAGGUUAUAGUAAAGGGGUGUGUACAAUCUAUAUAGCACAAACACUACAAAUUGAAACACUACAAAUUGAAGGCUGUGUCUAGUAGUAUCUAACUUGUGUCGGUAUUUGACAUAGACACAUAUAGUCACAUUCAAUCACUUCUAUUUUCGUAAAUUAUUUACCAGUGUUUAUGUAUCAGCAUCAAUAUCGUGUCUGUGUCAAUGCUUCAUGGUGUGUUAUACUUUAAACAAAGAAGCCUGUUGAGAGGUAAAGAGCAGCAUCCAAAGUAAAGGAUAUUGAUGUAAUUUCAGUAACAAAAGGGAUGUCAGUGUAAUAAACAUUCAUCUUAAGAGGUCUAGUGUCAUUAGUCUUUUUGUUUUAGGAACUUUCAUUAGGAAUUGCUAUAUGCUGAAAACAAAUUGGAUAAAUCUAUAGAAUUAUGAAUUUUGUACACAUUUUAAAUGUUUGUGAAUUUUAUGUCUGUAUAAUAUUGAGGGGGGUGUAGGUGUACGGUUAUAUAUUGGCUGUACAUUUUUCCUUAUGAUUA